CAUACAUGCUGUUUAUUGAGAUCCAGACAGAAGCGACCCUGUGGGACACCUGGUUUCGUGUAAAACUAUCAAUUGCGUAUCAGUUAUAUUCUAAGUUCACCGCAACAACACUGCUGAAACCCCUGAUGAAUGGCUCCCAAAGUUCUGAUGGUCGCGGAGAAACCAAGCAUUGCUCUCGCAAUUGCUUCAGUUCUUUCUGGUGGUCGGAUGUCGACCCGGAGAGGGAGCACGGAGAUCCAUGAAUUUGAUGGGACGUUCAUGGGGUUUUCCGUGCAUUAUAAAGUGACAUCAGUGAUUGGCCAUGUUUUUAGUGUAGAUUUUCCACCACGCUAUCAAGAUUGGAGUUCUACAAAUCCUCUGGAUCUCUUUGAUGCACCAAUUGUUAAAACAGAAACAACACCAAAGGCUCACAUUUGUAGGCAUUUAAGCCAAGAAGCUCGUGGUUGUGGACACUUAAUACUGUGGUUGGAUUGUGAUCGAGAAGGAGAAAACAUAUGUUUUGAAGUUAUCGAGUGCACUGGUUUCGAUUCCAAAGAUGGCAAGAAAAUUUAUCGUGCUCGAUUUUCAUCUGUGACUGAGAAGGAUAUAUUGAAAGCCAUGAGUAGCCUUGUCGAACCCAACAAAAAUGAGGCACUGGCCGUGGAUGCCCGCCAAGAGAUAGAUUUGAAAGUUGGAGUUGCUUUCACAAGGUUCCAAACAAGCUAUUUCAAUGGAAAAUAUGGAAACCUUGAUUCAAGAGUUAUCUCCUACGGGCCAUGUCAAACUCCAACCCUUGGAUUUUGUUUGCAAAGACACCUAACAAUUACUACUUUUAAGCCAGAAAAGUUUUGGGUGUUGCAUCCUUAUGCACUACACAGAGGUUAUGAUCUCAAAUUAGAAUGGGACCGCCAGAGGUUAUUUGAUUUAGAUGUUACCCAGAUGUUCAGAAACUUUGUAAAAGAUGAUGGAGUUCUGAAAGUUACUGGUAUAUCAGAAAAGCAGGAGGUAAAAGGUCGCCCCUCUGGUCUCAACACUGUGAAUCUUCUAAAGGUUGCAUCAAGUGCUUUGGGGUUUGGGCCCCAGUUGGCUAUGCAAUUGGCCGAGCGUUUGUAUACACAAGGUUUCAUCAGUAUGUCUUUAUCAAUGCAUCUGUUUCAAGGAUAUCUCAAGUACUGGGAAAUGAAACAGCAUGAUGUCAGGCAGAGAGAUUGUCAUGAAUCUUUUGCCAAAAGCACUGCAUACCCAUCUUCAUUUGACUACAAAGGCACUCUUGGAGCAUUAGUCCACAAUCCAAUGUGGGGUGAUUAUGCACAGCAGCUUCUGUCUAGUGGUUUUCAUACACCACGAUCAGGAAAUGAUGCAGGUGAUCAUCCUCCAAUUACUCCAAUGAGUUCAGCUACUGAGCACACUCUUGGGAAUGAUGCAUGGAAGCUCUACCAAUACAUUUGUCAACAUUUUCUGGGAACUCUUUCUUCAGAUUGUAGAUACACGAGGGUAAAGACUGAAUUUGAAUCUGGUGGAGAACUAUUCCACUGUGUUGGGCAGCGUGUCAUGGUCAAAGGAUUCACGUCCAUUAUGCCAUGGUUGGCAGUAACUGAGAUAAAUAUACCUCAGUUUACUGAAGGGGAGAAAAUUCAAAUAUCAAGAAUUGAAGUAGAUGAGGGGACUACACGACCUCCAGAUUACCUCACUGAGAGUGAGCUUAUCUCGUUGAUGGAAAAGAAUGGAAUAGGAACAGAUGCAUCCAUUCCAGUACAUAUCAACAACAUAUGCGAACGGAAUUACGUACAGGUGCAAACUGGUAGAAGAUUGGUUCCCACUGCGUUAGGUGUCAGCCUAAUAAGAGGCUACCAAGUUAUUGACCCUGAUCUCUGUUUGCCUGACAUUCGGAGUUUCAUCGAGCAACAAAUUAGCCUUGUGGCGAAGGGUCAAGCAGAUCAUGGGUUUGUUGUGAAGCAUGUGAUAGAGCAAUUCAGAAGGAAGUUUAGUUACUUCGUGAAGCAGAUUGAAAAGAUGGACGCACUAUUCGAAGCAGAAUUUUCUCCGCUUGCAAAUUCCGGACGUGUACUUAGCAAAUGUGGAAAAUGUUUACGGUACAUGAAGCACAUAUCUUACCAACCAUCACGCUUAUAUUGCGGUACAUGCGAAGAAAUUUAUUAUACUCCUCCAAACGGUACAAUCAAGCUAUACAAGGAACUCACCUGCCCUCUGGACAACUUCGAGCUCCUCCUCUUUUCAGUCCCUGGCCCGGACGGGAGUGUGUGCCUGCCCCGAGUGUGGUGGGGGCACGCUGGUGCUCGACCCGGUCAGUGCCCCCAGGUGGCGGCUCAGCUGCAAUACGUGUGCCUGCUUAGUUUACCUGCCCGAGGGGGCCCACAGGAUCUCGAUGACUGGGGAGCGCUGCCCGGAAUGCGACUCGGGCGUCAUAGAGGUGGACUUCAAUAA